GGGAGCCAAGAUCUGGAGGCGCUGAUCACAAUGGGUUGAAGCACUGAGUCCCAGAAGAAAGAAAUUAAAGAAACUGAAGAUCGUUUCAGCCUUUCUAGGUCACCAUGUCCAAAGGUUCCAGGGGAGAUAAGCUUCUCUGUGACCUGGGUUACAAACUGGGCCAAACCCUCGGAGAAGGCAGCUACUCCAAGGUCCGAGUAGCCACUUCAGCGAAGUACAAGGGUCCUCUCGCAAUCAAAAUGGUAGACCGGCGACGAGCCCCCCGGGACUUUGUCGAGAAGUUCCUGCCACGAGAGCUGUCCAUCUUGCGUGGGAUCCGGCACCCGCACAUCGUGAGAGUCUACGAGUUCAUUGAGGUCUGCAACGGGACGCUCUACAUCGUCAUGGAAGCAGCGUCCACGGACUUGUUGCAGCUGGUACAGCGAGAAGGGAAACUACCUUGCGCUCCAGAAGCGCGGGACAUCUUCGCCCAAGUCGUGAGCGCCGUGCGUUAUCUCCACGACAGGCACCUCGUGCACCGCGAUCUCAAAUGCGAGAACGUGUUGCUCACAUCCGAUGGCCGCCGAGUAAAACUAACCGAUUUUGGCUUUGGCAAGGAGUCGCGGGGAUAUCCAGAACUCAGCACCACCUACUGUGGGUCGGCUGCUUACGCUUCCCCUGAGGUGCUGAUGGGCAUCCCCUAUGACCCCAAAAAGUAUGACGUGUGGAGCCUGGGCGUCAUGCUCUACGUGAUGAUUACAGGAUGCAUGCCCUUUGAUGAUACCCACAUCCAUAACAUGCCCUGCCGCCAGAAGAAAGGACCCACAUUUCCCCAAGAACUACCUGACAUAUCGGAACCCUGCAAAGGGCUCGUGACUCAGCUGCUCCAGUACAGUCCCGAAUCCCGACCCUGCGUGGGACAAGUAGCGAAAAACAGCUGGCUAAAGGGGGACACCUCUUUGGUUUUAAUUAUCAGCUGGAGCGACUGUAACCUCCCGUUUCUUCCACGUCUCCUCUUGGCCUCAGAAGCCAGAGGGAUGCCUCUGCAGCAAGAGACGUUUCUGGCUCAAUCACUUCAAGAGAAACGCUACGAUUCUCUCUCGGAGGCAGCCUGCACCAUGUCGAAGACUUCCGGAGGGGACAGGUGGCUCAGCGAGCUCGGCUACAAGUUGGGCCAGACGCUGGGAGAGGGGAGCUACUCCAAGGUGAAGGUGGCCACUUCAGCCAAGUACAAAGGACCUCUGGCCAUCAAGGUGGUGGACCGACGCCGGGCGCCCCCCGACUUUGUGCACAAGUUCCUCCCCCGGGAGCUCUCCAUCUUGCGGGCCAUCCGCCACCCCAACAUCGUGCGCGUCUUUGAGUUCAUCGAGGUGUGCAAUGGGAAACUGUACAUCGUGAUGGAAGCUGCUUCCACCGACCUGCUCCAACUGGUACAACAGCUGGGGUCGCUGCCCUGCAGCCCGGAAGCCCGGGACAUCUUUUCCCAGGUCGUGGGAGCCGUACGCUACUUGCACGACCGCGAUCUGGUGCACCGCGACCUCAAGUGCGAGAAUGUGCUGCUGUCCGCAGAUACCCGCAGGGCAAAGCUGACCGACUUUGGCUUUGGCAGGGAAUCGCACGGGUAUACAGAUCUGAGCACCACCUACUGUGGAUCUGCCGCCUACGCGUCCCCCGAGGUACUCCUGGGCUUGCCCUAUGACCCCAAGAAGUACGACAUUUGGAGCUUGGGGGUCGUGCUGUACGUGAUGGUGACCGGCUGCAUGCCCUUUGAUGACACGCACAUCCACAGCAUGCCUCGCUGCCAAAAGAAGGGAGUCUUCUACCCAGAGGGUAUUCCCCCCUUGUCCGACCCCUGCAAAGCUUUGAUCGCCCAGUUGCUGCAGUUCAAUCCCGCUUCCCGACCAGCGGUGGGUCAAGUGGCCAAAAACAGCUGGCUGAAAAGCGGACAUGUCAGCAAAGACGCCUCUCCCAGGUAGACCAGCGCUGAGAUCAACUUGCGCAGCUCCAGCCUUGA